AGAAAAAAAAAAUAGAGAAACAAUCUCUGGAAAUUUUCUUAGAGAUAUUCCGAAAAUUAGCUGAGAAAUGGCGUCGGCGUUCACUGCUUCUUCUUCCUCUGCUUCUUCCGUGAUUCCGAGCUCUGGUUUCUCGUGUCUGGGUUCUCAUUCGGAGAUCAAAGCUACGCAAAUCGGUUCAUUGAGGUUGGUGGGGGAUCGUUUUAAUGUUGCUCCAUCAUCCCUGAAUCUGUUCGGGAGACGAUCCUCGCUGAAACCCUUGAAUGCUGAGCCAAAAACACAAGAUGCCGUGGGUCCUCUUGCGGCAACCAUUGUUGCCCCUGAGUUUGAAGAAAAAGUGGAGGCGGAGAACUUUGAGGAACUGGCGGAGAGGCUAGAGAAUGCUUCGCCUCUCGAAAUUAUGGAACAGGCUCUUAAGAAGUUCGGAGACGAUAUUGCUAUCGCCUUUAGUGGCGCCGAAGACGUUGCUCUUCUUGAGUAUGCUCGCUUAACUGGGAGACCCUUUAGGGUUUUCAGCUUGGAUACGGGGAGACUGAAUCCUGAAACGUACAGAUUCUUCGAUGCAGUGGAGAAGCAUUACGGCAUUCGAAUUGAAUACAUGUUUCCUGAUGCGGUUGAGGUCCAAGCCUUGGUUAGAAACAAGGGUUUGUUCUCUUUCUAUGAAGAUGGUCACCAAGAAUGUUGCCGUGUGAGAAAGGUCAGACCUUUGAGACGUGCUCUAAAGGGCUUGCGUGCCUGGAUCACCGGCCAGAGGAAAGAUCAGUCUCCAGGGACUAGAUCAGAGAUCCCCAUUGUUCAGGUUGAUCCAGUUUUCGAAGGAAUUGAUGGUGGUGUUGGUAGUUUGGUGAAGUGGAACCCUGUGGCCAAUGUCCAAGGGAACGAUAUCUGGAAUUUCUUGAGGACCAUGGAUGUACCCGUGAACACCCUUCACGCAGAAGGAUAUGUCUCGAUUGGGUGUGAGCCAUGCACGAGGGCCGUUUUACCCGGGCAGCACGAGAGAGAAGGAAGGUGGUGGUGGGAAGAUGCCAAAGCUAAGGAGUGUGGACUUCACAAGGGGAAUAUCAAGGAGAACGGCAAUGCAACGGCCAGCGUGAAUGGGAAAUCCGCUGUUGCAGACAUUUUCAACAGCGAGAAUUUGGUGAGCUUGACCCGAAAGGGGAUACAGAAUUUGCUGAAGUUGGAGAACCGUAAUGAACCAUGGGUCGUCGUCCUCUAUGCACCAUGGUGCCCUUUCUGCCAGGCAAUGGAGGCAUCAUAUGUUGAACUGGCAGAUAAGUUGGCUGGAACGGGCGUGAAGGUUGCCAAGUUCAGAGCAGAUGGCGACCAGAAGGAAUUCGCGAAGCAGGAGCUCCAGCUCGGGAGCUUCCCCACCAUUCUGGUCUUCCCGAAGAACUCUGCCCGACCCAUCAAGUAUCCAUCCGAGAAGAGAGACGUGGAUUCACUUAUGUCCUUUGUGAAUCUUGUCCGGUAAAUCUGCGGAAGACCCGACGAGACAUUUUGCCAUGAAAAGGAGAUGAAGAAAACUAUUCAUCUUGUUCGGUAAUGAUGAUAGUACAGAAGGAAAGUUCGCGAGACUUGGGAACUAUCCAACCGGGCUUAUAUAAGAUGUGGUGGUGGAGACGGAGUGAGUAGCGGAGGCCAUGGAAGACUUUUUAGAGUUUGCCCCAAGAGCCUUUUUGUAUAUUUUGUGGUUUAUAGUUAAAAAAAUAAGUUUGUGUUUUGUCCUGCAACUGCCUUUGUAAUGAUAUGAUGCAGUUCAAUGGUAAUUAUUUAGAUUCA